AUGGACAAAGCAGAGAUAAUCCCUUCGGUCGGCGACAGGAAUCUCGGUCCCAUGCUCAUCGCCGUCAACUGGGCCGUCUUUGGACCAGCGACUAUACUGGUGUGUUUGAGGUUGAUGACGAGGAUAUGGAUCACGCGCAAUUUCGGCUGGGACGAUGCGGUCAUUGCUCUUACGCAGAUGAUCAACGCAGUAGGCAUGGGCUUCGUCAUGCUCGAAGUCGACUACGGCCUCGGCCGCCACGUCCAAUACCUCACCCCAGACCACUACGAAGGUUUCCUCAAAUACAAUUUCCUGGACUGGAUUCAGGUCUUCAUCACGCUCGCCCUCUCCAAAAUAUCAAUUUGCCUCUUUCUACUGCGAAUAUCGAAAUUCGAGCGAUGGCGGUGGUUCCUUUUCGGAUUGAUUGGAUUCUUGGUGGUCACGCAUGUGCCGUUGACACUACUGUUCUUGUUCCAGUGUAUACCGUUGCAGAAGAAUUGGGAGACGGUGGAGGGGGCGGUGCCGGGCCAUUGCAUGAGUAAGAAGGCCGUGGAGAAGAUUAUCAUCGUUCAGGGUGUCUUCUCAAUCAUAACGGACUUCAUCGGCGCCGCCUUCCCCAUCCUCCUCCUCUGGAACGCCCGCCUCAAACUCCGCACCAAAAUCGCACUCAAUCUCCUCAUGGGCCUCGGCGUCAUCACCGGCACCGUCUGCAUCGUCCGCACCUCAUACUCCUGGGAAGUCCUCUCCGGCGACUACACCUGGGUCGGGGUCGGUAACGCCCUCACGCGCAUUUUGGAAGUCAAUUUCGCAAUCAUCGGCGCCUGUGCCCCGAUAAUGCGCCCACUGGUCUUGUACCUGAGGGCGAGGCUCGUCAAGGCGAGACAAAGUCAUGAUAGCGAGAGCUUGGAUAGUGUGCAAACGCCGGCGAGCCAGUUGACCUGGUUCUCCCCUCCCUCUCAGACCCCGUGGUACAAACGGCCAUGGCGAAAGACAAAACCACAAGACAAGCUAGACGGGCAACCGCGAGGUCCUGAUAUAGGCGAGAAAGUGCCCGCCGAUAGACACCAUGAAGACACUGGCGCCGGCGGUGACGGCGACGGUGGCGGUGGAAGAUUAGCCGUCCCACAACGACCGACCCAAGGCCCACGGCAACGCUCCCGGCCCGGGUUGGGCCUCGGCCGGAAAUCAGACCGCCGGCACGAGGUGGAGAAACCGGAGAACGUGACGUGGGCGAAAGACGAAGAGCCGGACCACAGCGACAGUUUCGACCUACCGCUGCAAGGGACGCGGAGGGAAGACUAUGGCGGUGAAGAAGGGGAUGCGGAGUCCGGGACUUAUAGGUAUCACAGGGGAUGGGUGUGA